CAGCCACCCAACCGGCCUACAUCCGAUCACGCAACCUAUCCCUACAAUCUCCAUCCCCCAGUCCCAUAGAGGACGACGGCACGGUCGCCGGUCGAUCUACUUGCAACUAUGGAGGAAGUAUUGGUAGAUCGCUACGUGAUUUUCGAAGAUGAACUGGCCAAGGUAAUUGGAGAAAGAGGAGGAACGCCGGAGUCGCUCACCGUGGAGUCUAUGCCAAGGACCUCAGGGGCAAAGAGAUGGAAGCAGAGCUACAAAGAGCGACGAAAGAACUGAUGCGGCGGUAUCGUGAGGAGGUCGAGUUGCCGGCGGACGAGAUCCUGCUCCAGCGCAAGGCGUCCCGCCCCAGCGCAGUGAAGAAGGUGGCGGUGCCGUUAACCGGCAACUGCGACGACCACGACGCCGACUUCUACUCUCAGGCAUUAGACGGCAUCGAGCCCCACCUUCGUCAGGUCGCCGACCCCCCCGGACUCAACUCUUUGGUCCUUCGGGUGUCUUGGCCGGGUGACUCUGCCUUACGCCGCUUCCCCACCGGUGCAUUCAUCUCCAGCGCCGACCACAACCUUCUUGCCCUCUACGUUGGCCCCUACCGUCCCAUAUUCGCUGGGGCAGGGUUCUACCUGGUCUACGAUGCCUGGGCCAACUCGGUCGCAGUCGUCCCGCAGCUGCCCUCCCGCUCCAUCAACGUGUUCUCUCACUGCAACAUUGGAGCAGGGGUUGCCGUCCUGCGCCACAACCUUCCCAGUGAUUACAUACUGGUGGAGCUACUUCCCCGUCAAGACAACCGAGGUCUCAUCUCAACCAGUGCAACUUUCUGUAUGUGGUGGUCGUCUGGCCCGGCUGCUGGCCGGUGGAUCCAGAAGGAAGUGGUGCUUCCACUCCCAUCUGAGCCUGAGGAAGACAGCUCACAACCCGACUACAACUUCUGUGCAGACACCAUUUUCACCGCUGGAACCAACUGUCUUUGCUGGGUCGAUCUUCUUCAGGGUAUAUUAAUCUGCGACCAUGUCCUUGAUCAUCAUCCAGAAUUUCGUUUUGUUGCAUUGCCAUGGGAGUGUUCCGUAAACAUCAAGCCUGACCCUGAAGGAGGACGGGGGAUGCCGGACCAGUACCGUUCGAUGCGCUGUGUCAGGCGUGGUGAUGAGCAUAUCAUCAAAUUCAUCUCCAUGCAUGGCCAUGGUCAAGGAGCAGACAUCAGUGAUGUGGCCCUCAUGAUAUGGACCCUUGAUCCCUGCGACCCGAUGUCAAAGUGGAAGGCAGGCAAGACAUCCUUCCGCAUUUCAGACCUUUGGUGUGACCCAAUCUACAAACGUGAGCUGCCGCCCCGCACACCCAGUUGCCCUGUCGUUAGCUUGGUACAAGAUGAUGUUAUCUACAUCACUGUUGAGGACAUGUUGAAUACAGAAGCUCGAGGACCCUGCAUGCUCAGCCUUGACAUGAACAAGCAUAGGAGAAGUGAGUGGAGUGAAGCAAUGCUUCGGAAGUGCGAGGAAGAACAGAUGGGAGAUUGGAGGAAGUGGGAGAAAUCUGUUAUGCUUUCAACCAGCAGCGAUGCUAUGGCGAUGAGCUCUCAAUAUUUCAGGUGUGCUCAGCUUCCCACAGGGCUCGGAUUGCGUUCAUCGGGCCGACCUUCUCGUCCACACAGCAUCAGCAAUGAACGAUCAGUGGGAUUGGCUUUGCUGCUGGAUGACAUUUGAGGGCCUGUUUGGUGAGGCUUAUUGGUGAGGCCCACCAAUAAGCCCAUUAAUAAGCAAUCCACCCAUGCUUCUUUUUUCUGUUUCUCUAGCGCUCUCAUAUCAUGGAACCAUAGUUUUUGAGGGCUUGAGGCCAGGUCAACGUCUCUGUUCAACAUUUUGAACCAGUUGGACUGCUGGUUUGUUUGGUACUAAUGUUUUGCUAUUUAGACAAUUUAUGCUGCAAGUAAGAAAAGCUGUGGCUAUGA